AUGACUGCCAACGCAACCAUCACCCGCGACACUUUGCAUUCAUAUUCGCCCGCUAGAGGUGUAGGCGUGAUUGAACGCAUCAAAGCCGAACAUGAAGCCCAGCAGUUCCCGAGUCAAUUGAUUCCAGAAUAUGAUCAGCGUAUCCAUCCUGCCCGCAUCACGGGGUAUGGCGAUGGAAACAGGACAGAAUAUGUCCAAAUUCCUGGCUACCCUGGUCACUGCUACCCAAGCCAGCUUCCUAUUUCCCCCCCUCUUUCGCGAGAAGGGACAAGAGCAGACACAAAACACAAUCUGGUGGCCCCGUCGCAGUAUAAGUCGGAGGUGUCACCCUUGGACUAUCCCCACGUGAGUGGUGGUGUUAUGCCAUCCGAGGGGCCAGACGAUGAUGCCCUUGAGGAAGAAAUUAGCGAACCUCCAAGGAAAAAGCGAAAAACGCAAAAAAACAAAAAGCCAGCAAAGCUACCCGAACAUUUGUCCCAUUUCAAGUCAGCACUUUCUCGGAUUGCAGCAGCUGGAGGCUAUGGCCAAGCUUUGCUUGACGAGGCUGCAAGACACGUCGCCCGCCCAACCCAGGUACGACUCAAGGAAGAGUUGAAUCCUGAUGGAAGACCCAAGCGCACUUUGAAUUGUUUUUUUCUUUACCGCAAAAUAUAUCACCCUCUUGCCCUUUUCCUUCUACAUGGGAAUGAGCAGGAGGCUCUUGCCCUUCUAAAUGACCGGGAGGCCCUUGCCCGUCAAAAGAAGAACGAGCAGGAGGCUUCCACACUUUGUGGAAUAUCUUGGCAUCGUGAGUCGGUGGAAUUUCAGGAACAUUUCAGGGUACUGGCCAAAAGAGAUUCAGCCAACAACCUCAAAGCUUUCCCCGACUAUAAAUACGCACCCUCUAAAGGCGGUAAAAAGGACGACAAACCCGCCAAAGGCCGUGCUUCUACCAAAACAGGUCGGGUGACGCGCAGCAGGAAACCCGCAUCCAAGACCAAGAAACUUCACCACCUCAGCGAAGAGAUGCUCCAGCGGGCCAUCGACGAGCAACAGCAGCAUCUCCCAGCCGAAGCCGUGCACCAUCAGCCUUACUGGACCACUGUCGCUGUUCAGACUUAUUCCGCCCCAUGUGAUGGGGCGCAUGUCGUUUAUCCUGACCCUGAUCAAUAUCAGAGACACUACAUAGCAACAUAUGGCGACGUCUAUUCACAGAGCAGGAUCUCACCCCCGGUUGUUGUUCAUGCUCUAUAUGAGGACAUAGAGAACCCUGAUGUGAACUAUAAUGAGGGUUUCAUCGAUCCAGCACUUCUUCUGGAUCAGUCCGGCAUGCACAACUCAACCAGCUGCUCAGUUGCGAUUCAACAACGGUCGCAGCCGGCUCCCAUCGAAAGAUCACGCGCGGAGACAGGCAUAUCCAGCUGGGAUGGUGAUGCAUCUGCACCGUAUCUCAGUGGGGGUUGGGAGGUCGUGCAACUGGAUGGACGUGAGUCCAGUUUCUUUGGGGAUGCUUUGAUGGCCCAGGCCCAGGAGGUGUAG